GGUCGAUACAUACAAAAACCUGGCUGCUUCGCUGCUGCACACAGCUCAACAACAAGGCGCAAUAACACCAGCAGCACCACCUGGUCGCUCGCAACGUUGUCGCAGAUACUCCGCUCGCUGCACCGCACUUGUUCCCUCGUCCCUCUGUCUCUGUCUCGCUCUCUCUCGCACUCUCCCAUACUCUCGUCACCUUUGGAUAUGCUGCGCCAGUUUGUGCGGUGUGCGCAUCGCGCGACGCGCGCUUUGCAGAACGCAGAGCAGGCUGCUGUGGUUUCAAACACCACCAGCUCUACCGGGGUCUCCACGCCUAACAGCGACGACCGCAUGCCAGUGUACCUGGACGUCCAGGCAACCACACCUGUGGAUCCACGUGUGCUGGAUGCCAUGCUGCCGUAUCUCAUUGACGACUUUGGCAACCCGCACUCUCGCAACCACAAAUACGGCUGGGUGGCCGAGGACGCCGUGGAAAAGGCCAGAAAGCACAUUGCCGAUCUUAUCGGCGCAGACCCUCGUGAGAUUUUCUUCACCAGUGGAGCAACAGAGUCGAAUAACAUGGCCAUUAAGGGCAUUGCCCACUUCUACAAGUCAAAGAAGCGCCAUGUCAUCACCGCUGCGACGGAGCAUAAGUGCGUCUUGGAUUCGUGCCGUGUGCUGCAGCAGGAAGGGUUUGACGUGACGUAUCUGCCUGUCACACAGUCUGGCGCCAUCGACCUCGAGGAGUUCAAGGCGGCGCUGCGCCCGGACACGGGCCUCGUCUCCAUCAUGACGGUCAACAACGAGAUUGGUGUCGUGCAGCCCGUCAAGGAAAUUGGCCGCAUCUGCCGCGAGCACAAGGUGCACUUCCACACGGACGCCGCCCAGGCAGUUGGCAAGAUCCCUGUCGACGUGAACGAGUGGAAUGUCGAUGCCAUGAGCAUCAGCGGCCACAAGCUCUACGGUCCCAAAGGCGUUGGUGCGAUUUACGUCCGCCGCCGCCCGCGCGUGCGCCUCGAGCCCCUCAUCAACGGUGGCGGCCAGGAGCGCGGUCUUCGAAGCGGGACAGUGCCGACGGCGCUUGCCGUUGGGCUUGGCGAGGCGUGCAAGGUUGCAGCAGAGGAGAUGGCCAACGACACGGCGCACAUCCGCCGCCUCCACGACCGCCUCGUCCGCGGCAUUUGCGAUGAGAUCCCCGAGGUUGUGUACAACGGCGACGAGGCGACCGGGUAUGCCGGGUGCGUCAACCUCUCGUUUGCGUACAUCGAGGGCGAGUCGCUGCUCAUGGCGCUCAAGGACAUCGCCCUCUCCUCCGGCAGUGCGUGCACGUCUGCGUCGCUUGAGCCGUCGUAUGUGCUGCGUGCGAUUGGGGCAGCAGAGGACCUUGCACACUCGUCCAUCCGCUUUGGCCUCGGCCGCUUCACCACCGAGCAGGAAGUCGACUACACCGUCGAGCGCGUUGUUCGGCACGUGAACCGACUGCGUGAGAUGAGCCCGCUGUGGGAGAUGAAGCUCGAAGGCAUCGACAUCAACCAGAUUCAGUGGUCCCAGCACUGAGCAUGUGCCCACGCACAUCCGUUUGUUGUCGGGACCACCUCACCCCGCGCUCGUUUGUGUGUAUGGACAUGGGUGCCCUUGAGCCACCAACAUGCGCCCGUCCUUCGCUACUGACAUGACAUACUACCAACCCAAUCCACCUCUUCCAUAUCUUUGCUUCACAUCGUAGUGAGCUCGUGUGUGCAGUUUCCCAAUGUCAUUGUGUGUGUGUGUUGCCAUGCGCAUGAGGAUGAGUUCGUGCGCGUAUAAUGGGGAGUGGCGAACACCUAAUACAGA